CCGCCCCUCGCUCUCCGGGCCUGGGCGGGUGGCGCCUUGGCCUCCGCCUCCGCUCGCCUGCGCGCGGCCCUGCGUGAGGGGGCAGAGGCGGGGUGGAGGCGUUGGCGCUGCCACGUCUGGGCCGCGGUUCCCAACUGUGGCGCGGGCGGUGGAGGAGGAGGUGGGGCUGGCGCUGAAGCCGGAUCCGGAUCCGGUGCUGUGCACACUGGUGGGGGAGAGUCCGACGCGCCUGGCUAGGAGCGCCGACCGCAGGGCCUCUACGGACCUUACUAGAAAAAUGAAACCUGAUGAAACUCCUAUGUUUGACCCAAGUCUACUCAAAGAAGUGGACUGGAGUCAGAAUACAGCUACAUUUUCUCCAGCCAUUUCCCCAACACAUCCUGGAGAAGGCUUGGUUUUGAGACCUCUUUGUACUGCUGACUUAAAUAGAGGUUUUUUUAAGGUAUUGGGUCAGCUAACAGAGACUGGAGUUGUCAGCCCUGAACAAUUUAUGAAAUCUUUUGAGCAUAUGAAGAAAUCUGGGGAUUAUUAUGUUACAGUUGUAGAAGAUGUGACUCUAGGACAGAUUGUUGCUACGGCAACUCUGAUUAUAGAACAUAAAUUCAUCCAUUCCUGUGCUAAGAGAGGAAGAGUAGAAGAUGUUGUUGUUAGUGAUGAAUGCAGAGGAAAGCAGCUUGGCAAAUUAGAUGGGGUUUUGCCGUGUUUCCCAGGCUGGUGUCAAACCCCUGGGCGCUAGCGAUCGCCUGCCUCGGCUUCCCAGAGUGCUAGGAUUACAGGUUAUUAUCAACCCUUACUUUGCUAAGCAAGAAACUGAACUGUUACAAGAUUACCCUUGAAUGUCUACCACAAAAUGUUGGUUUCUAUAAAAAGUUUGGAUAUACUGUAUCUGAAGAAAACUACAUGUGUCGGAGGUUUCUAAAGUAAAAAUCUUGUAAGAAAAUUGUCAAAGGGGCUAAUGCUACAAGGCUACACUCUUCCUAGAGUUGAAAUAUUUUGUUGCUGCAGCCGAGUGACCUCCAUAAAUACUGGACUGAAAAAACAUUGUAAUACUACAAGUAUAAUGACAUUUAGAAGAUUACUUUGGGCUGGUGGGACAUGCUGUGAAUUUAGAUUACAAAUGAAUAUUAUAAAGGGGAUGAUUUUUAACCAAAGGAAUAUAUUUUUAACUUGAAUCUUUUCUUGCAUUGUAUUUUUCUAAAAGUUUGGCUUCCUUUCUUGGUAGUCAGGAUUAUGGGUAAUAAGGAGUUAUAUGUCUGCUAUCUGUGUUGCUCAUUUAAAAAAAGUAUACAUUGAAUAAGGCUGUUUAUCACAUGCAUAAAAUUAAAUAUUUUCGUUUCAAAGAAACAUCUCAAUACACUUAGGGGUGUAUUGUUUCCCACAUAUUAAGUCAGGGUGGAUAAAUUAGUUAUUAUAACUAAACAUAGUAUAUAGCCCAACAUUCGUUGAUCCCAAUACAGGCAAACAACCUGGUCAACCUUUUGAAGUAGAAGAAAUGAAAAUUACUUGACAAGAUUAAAAGUAAAACAAUUUAAAUGUUUUACUGAAAGCUUAUAUAGUAUAGUCUAUGUAGAUAAAAAGUACCACUUGUCUUUUCUGUGAAUUAUGACUAUUCAUUUGUUAAAAAUACCUAAGAGCAAUUAUAGUGGGACAUCUAAGGUCCUUUUUAAACAGUGAAUUAGCAAACCUCAGCCUAUGUGUUUCUACCCUGAUUUUUUUCUUUUCAUGGGUAUCUGAAGCCUCUAAGUUUUUUCAAAAAUGGAGUAUCACAAAAUUGAGUGAAACACAAUACUUAAUGUAUUGUACUAGAUUGCCAAAUUCAUAAAAUGUUAAUGGAAGCUUUACUUUUUGAUGUGAUUAUAAUGGCACUAUUCUGGUCAUUAUCCUAUUUUGAUUUUAUUUAAUUUUUUAAAGUUGAAGAAUUAAAUAUUUUAAUGGUUCUAAUCUUUUGCAUUCCAUGUUGCAUUAAACCUGUUCAUAUGAGUAGUCUUCUGUUAGAAUCACAUCUGUGCUUUUCUUGAGUCUGCUGUUGAACUAUUAGAUUGUCAUAAUUCAUAAAAUUUUAGUUUAAUGUGCUCUUUGUAAAAUGAAAUUGUAAAGAAAAUACCAGUGUUUCUCAUCCCAUUGACUCACGCCACGUCAUCUGGAUUUUGGAUUUCCCUCCAUGCAGCCAGCUAUAGUUGGCUUUCCAAAACAACAGAAAUCCUUCACCAAUAGAGUGCACUACUUACCUGCUUAUAGCCUAUACAGACGAACUGAUCUGUCCUUCGUGAAACGCAACAAAGCUAGUUCUGUCUUUUCAGAAGUCCUACAACCUUGACAAAGAGUAGUUUUAUCAGGUAAAUCCUGGUAAUUAAAAACGCAUGUUUUUAAAAAUUAGCCUGGUAAGGCCGGGUGCAGUGGCUCACGCCUGUAAUCCCAGCACUUUGGGAGGCUGAGGUGGGCAGAUCACAAGGUCAGGAGUUUGAGACCAGCCUGACCAAAAUGGUGAAACCCUGUCUCUACUAAAAAAAAGAAAAAUUAGCCAGACGCGGUGGCAUGCGCCUGUAAUCCCAGCUACUCAGGAAGCUGAGGCGAGAGAAUCGCUUGAACCCGGGAGGCAAAGGUUGCAGUGAGCCGAGAUCACACCACUGCACUCCAGCCUGGCGACAGAGCGAGACUCCAUCUCAAAACAAAACAAAAAAAAUUAGCCUACUUAAAGGCAAAACUAAAUGCUUUAUUACCUUUCUUACCACUGAACAAUUUGAGGUAAAAUCAUUCACAAGGUUGGCACUUCAGUAAAUCCCUUUAAAUAGUGUUCCUAAGAUAUCUCUUAAAUCCUCCCAUAGGAAAUAGAAUUACAGGUAAGGUACACCAUACAAAAAUUGUGUCAUUGAGGACAAUGGUGAUCUGUAAUUUUAGUUGAGUAUGUUUAUGAUUUUUGAAGCCAUAUGGUGAGUAAAUGUAAAUAUGAAAAAAGUGCUACAUAAAACACUUCUUAAACUUUUUUUUUUUAAAAACUGCUCCUUGUGGAGCAGGACUACCCCAUAGGCAUUGUACCCACAAUAGAUAGCCUUUUGUUGUUGUUGUUGUUGAGACAAGGUCUCGCUGUUGCCCAGGCUAGAGUGCAGGGGCACAAUCACCACACACUGCCACCUCAAUCUCCUGGGCUCAAAUGAUCUUUCCACCUCAGCCUCCCAUGUGGCUGGGACUAUAGGUGCAUGCCACCACACCCAGCUAAUUAAAAAAAUUUUUUGUGUGGAGUCUAUGUUGCCCAGGCUGGUCUCUUAACUCCUAGGCUCAAGUUAUCCUCCCACCUCAGCCUCCCAAAGUGCUUGGAUGACAGGUGCGAGCCACUGCACCUGGCCCACAUUUUUUAAAGAGACAGUGUCCCACUCCAUCACCCAGGCUGGAGUCCAGUGGUGUGAUCAUAGCUCACUGCAUCCUCCAGUUCCUGGGUUCAAGCCAUCCCUCCUGCCUCAGCCUCCCCAGUAGCUGGAACUACAGGUGUGUGCCAUCACACCUGGCUUUACAUUUUUCUGUGGGGUCUUACUAUAUUGCCCAAGCCAGUCUCAAACUCCUGAGCUCAAGUGAUCCUCUGCCUCAGCCUCCAGAGUAUCUGGGAUUACAUAUGUCGGCUACCGUGUCUGGCCGUUCACAUCUUUGGCCACUAUUUGCUUGUGAAAAGGUAUAAUGAGGUGGUACUUAUCAUUUUUACUGUGUCUCAUGUUUUGUAUACUUUUGUUUCAUCAACUAAGAUGCACUGUAACAUCUCUGAAAUCUGGAUAUAUUAUCAAUGGUUUAUCAUAGUUUUGUUAGCAAUACACUGUCUUUUAGUGGUGCCUAAAAUAAUGGUAUAGUUGUGAGGUGAUCUUAGAUUUGAUGAAGCACAGUAUGCAGGUAGGCCUAAUGGGGGAAGAUGGUAAUAUAAAAGCAAGAAGUAUUUUUUUUUUUUUGUAAUGACUGAAAGCUGUUCUGUGGAUGACCUACCCUUUCCUUUAAACACGAUUCUCUCACUUCCAACUCCAAACUUGCUCAACUAAUCCUUAAAAAUAAACUUGAGCUGGAAUUUGA